GCCCAUGUGAGCUCAGCAGUCGAGGUUGCAUCAUUAAUGUUUACUUGUUGUGGCAAUCUUCCGACUUUAAUGAAUACACAGUAGUUUGAUGUUGGAGACCAUAAAGUGAAUACCCUAUUCAGGAUCUACUAAAAGGACCGAUAAAAUGUCAGAGGAAGCCAAAAAGGGACCAACUGGUUUGGAUCGUCAGUCUAGCAAUAGUCUUGACAUUCCCUCACGCACUGUCCUCGUUAAGGAUGCCUCAGAGCUCCCGAGCUCUUACUGUAUGACACCAGGAGGUACCAUGUACUCUACCACUCCUGGAGGUACACGUAUUAUAUAUGACAGGAAGAUGCUCCUCCAGUUACGUGAUUCUCCUUAUUCUCGUACUCCACCAACAAGGCUACCACCAAUACCCGACAUUAUUGCUGAGGGAAGUGUUGCUGUACCUCAGGGAACCAAGAGCCCAUUGGCAGUUCCAUCAGAAAACCAACCAAAUGAGCCAGAAGUUCCAUUUCCUUUCGAAAUCGAAACCUAAUUUGACAUUAUUAAUUGGCGUUUGUGACUAUCAUGCCAUUCUAGUUUGUAUGUAUAUUAAUUAUGAUUGUGUGUCACUCUUUUUUCUUUUCCUCUGAAUUUUUGAUCACUAGAAAGCAUGAUAUUUAAAAAUUGUCAUUAAAGAA